AUGAAUUUGCCUGACCCUCAGAACCUCCCAACAGUACAAUUUUGCUUUAGUUCAGUUAACAAUUCGUGCCCUAGAAAUGUGAGGCCAGUGCUGAGUGUCUGGGCCAUGUACCUGGUCAUGAUCGGGACUAUAGUGAUGACUAUGCUGGACAACAUGAUCGUAAUGAUUUCCAUGCUUCACUCCCCGACCAACUUCUUGAUCCUCUCCAUGGCCAUCACUGACUUUUUGCUGAGCUGUGUGGUCACGCCCUUCAGUAUGAUCAGAUCCAUCGAGUCCUGUUGGUAUUUUGGAGACCUCUUUUGCAAAGUCCACAGCUGCUGCAACAUCAUGCUCUGCACCACCUCCAUUUUUCACCUCUGCUUCAUCUCAGUUGACCGUUACUAUGCUGUUUGUGACCCAUUGCAAUACGUCACCAGAAUUACCAACCCUGUCAUAGAACUCUUUCUACUCAUCCGUUGGUCCAUUUCCAUCCUUUUUGCCUUUGGCCUGGUAUUCUCGAAACUAAACAUAAUUGGUGCAGAAGAGUUUGUUGCAGCCAUUGAUUGCACAGGUUUGUGUGUGUUAAUAUUUAAUAAGCUCUGGGGGGUACUGGCCUCCUUUAUAGCUUUCUUUCUCCCUGGGACAAUCAUGGUGGGAAUUUAUAUACACAUUUUUACAGUAGCCAGGAAGCAUGCUAAGCAAAUCUGCACAGGUUCUAGGACUAAACAGGCUGGGUCAGAAAGCAAAAAAAAGGCAUCCUCUAAAACAGAAAGCAAGGCCACCAGGACCUUAGGCAUAGUCACGGGAGUGUUUGUCUUGUGCUGGCUGCCAUUCUUUGUAUUGACGAUCACAGAUCCUUUCAUUAAUUUUACAGCCCCUGAAGAUCUGUACAAUGUCUUCCUCUGGCUAGGCUAUUUCAACUCUGCUUUCAAUCCCAUUUUAUAUGGCAUGUUUUACCCUUGGUUUCGCAAGGCAUUGAGGAUGAUUGUCACAGGCAAGAUCUUCCACCCUGACUCUUCCACCCUAAGCUUGUUUCCUGCCCAUGCUUAG